AUUUCAUUUCAUCGCUCGUCCCUGUCCUAUAUCCCCCACCUCGUUCGCCCCAAUUUUCUCUUUAUUUCGUCCAUUUCCAUUUCACUUUCUUUUCUCUCCCCGAUUCUCUCCCAUUCUCCUUUGUUUCUUCGACACUAUUUAUUGUUGAUAGAAAUGGAAGCUACAAUUUGUCGCUCUUCCUUAUCUUCUUCUUCGCUGUUGUUGUUGUAUUGUUCUCUCUUCCAGACAGUUUCGCCGCUUCAUCGAUGAGCGAGCCGUGCUUCUAGCUCAUUUACCCCUCUAGAUCUUUUGUUUAACUUUGAUCCCGUACUGAUAAUCGCUAAUUGAAGCAUGUGCAGUGGCCCGGAGCAAUCUAAAUCGUCAUCCACUCCAUCUGGGAUAACUGUAGAGACCACAUCUAACACCAAAGAAAUGAAUAACCUAGCUGCUCAAACUGAAGAUUCUCUUUUCAGCUUACUUGAUCUUGCUGCUAAUAAUGAUGUUGAAGGCUUUAAGCGAUAUGCAGAGAUGGAUGCUUCAAUUGAUGAGGCUGGACUCUGGUAUGUACGCCAGAAAGGCUCAAAGCAGAUUGUUCUCGAACAUAGAACUCCAUUAAUGGUUGCUGCUACCUAUGGCAGUGUUGAUGUUGUUAAAUUUAUAAUAUCGCAUUCUGUGGCGGAUGUAAAUUUCUCGUGUGGCCAAGAUAAAACCACUGCUCUUCACUGUGCUGCUUCUGGUGGAUCAGUUAACGCAGUUAAUGUUGUUAAGAUGCUUUUAUUAAUGGGUGCCAAUCCAAAUCAUACUGAUUCCAAUGGCCUCCGCCCAAUCGAUGUUGUUGUUGUUCCUCCAAUGUUGCAGAGCAUGAGAGUGGCUCUUGAAGAACUCCUUUCUAACAGUGCUUCUGUUGGCUCUGUUUGUGAGCGCAAUCUACAAGUAUCUAGUAGUUCCUCUUGUUCUGACUCACCAGCCCUUUCGUCAUCCCCAGAAAACGUAUUGCCAUCUUCUCCUUCAGGGAUGGUAUCUUCUCCAAUGGCUUCAAAGUUUUAUGAAACAACUGUUAGUUCUGCAUUGGAGAAGAAAGAGUACCCUGUGGAUCCGUCACUCCCUGACAUUAAAAAUAGUAUCUAUGCGACGGAUGAAUUUCGCAUGUUUUCAUUCAAGGUUCGCCCUUGUUCUCGAGCUUACUCACAUGACUGGACUGAGUGCCCUUUUGUGCACCCUGGAGAAAAUGCUCGGAGAAGAGACCCAAGGAAGUACCAUUAUAGCUGUGUCCCUUGCCCUGAUUUCCGGAAGGGCGCUUGUAGGCGUGCUGAUAUGUGUGAAUAUGCUCAUGGAGUUUUUGAGUGCUGGCUGCACCCGGCUCAAUACCGGACCCGGCUGUGCAAGGAUGGUACCGGCUGCAAUAGACGGGUCUGUUUUUUUGCUCACACAGCUGAGGAGCUCCGUCCAUUGUAUGUAUCCACUGGAUCUGCUGUCCCAUCUCCCCGCACGUCUGCCUCUGCUCAUAGUGUCAUGGACAUGGCUGCUGCAAUGAGCCUUUUACCGGGGUCUCCAUCAUCAAUAUCUGCCAUGUCGCCUUCUCCAUUUGCUCAACCUAUGUCUCCAUCUGCAAAUAAUGGCAUUUCACACUCAGUUAUGGCGUGGCCCCAUCCAAAUGUACCAACCCUUAAUCUUCCAGGAAGCAACCUUCAAUCCAGUCGCUUGAGAUCUUCCCUUAGUGCUCGAGACAUUCUGCCUGAUGAUAUGAAUGUGAUGCUGGAUUUUGAUGCCCGGCAACAUCCUUUAAAUGACCUGACUUGUUUUUCACAGUCCUGGUCAAAUAAUGUCUCUGCUAACCGUCCAGGUCGAUCCAAGACACUAACACCUUCAAACCUUGAAGAGCUAUUUUCUGCUGAGAUCUCUCUGUCCCCCCGGUAUUCUGAUGCUGCAGCUUCUGCUGUUUUUUCUCCUACUCACAAAUCUGCUGUUCUUAAUCAAUUCCAACAGCAGCAGGGCAUGUUAUCGCCCAUCAACACAAAUGUUUUCUCCCCAAAAAAUGUCGAUCACCCUUUUUUACAGGCUUCAUUUGGUAUCCCAUCCCCAGGAAGGAUGUCUCCAAGAAAUGUGGAGCCAAUCUCCCCAAUGGGUUCUCAUCUCUCUGCAUUUGCUCAGCGUGAGAAGCAGCAUCAGCAGCUGCGCAGCCUCAGCUCGAGGGAUCUUGGAAGCAAUAACCAUGCCUCCAUUGUUGGUUCUCCUGCGGAUUCUUGGGCAAACUGGGGAUCAUCCCCAAAUGGAAAAUUGGAUUUUUUGGUUAAUAGAGAUGAAGUGGGGCGACUAAGGAGAUCAUCAUCGUUUGAGCUUGCUAACAAUGGGGAGGAGCCUGAUUUGUCAUGGGUCCAAUCAUUAGUUAAGGAGUCACCAACUGAGAUGACGGAAGAGAAUUUUGCAGUUCCAGUCUCAAGGGCUGCAGCAUCCGGUGAAGGUUUGAAUUCUAAUUCUCAAAGUGAAUCAACUGAUCAUUCUGUUUUAGGAGCUUGGCUUGAGCAGAUGCAGCUUGAUCAGCUCGUAGUUUAAAGAAAGUGAAUUAUUUUUUACUUAUUGAGAUAGGUUAAAAGAUUUCGGAAGGUACAUAAAAUUUUUUUGUGGGCUACUUUUUGAUGGUGAAGGUCAACUGGAGAAGUUGACAUUAGUGAAGUUGGAAAUUGGUGGUUAAGGCCUAAGAGCAAAGAAUGGCUGGAUAAAGGUUAAGGGACAUGAUUCAAUUUUUUUACCUAUUUGUUGUUUAAAAGCAGAAGUCUGGAGAGAAGGAAGCCUAACUUUGGGCUAAUAUUAAAGAAACCCAAGUCCUGGUUAGGUAUCUCUCUAAAGUAUAUCUGUUUCUAGGGUUAGUGUUUUUGCAGAACUUUAUAUUUUUCUUUAUUUAUUUUUUAUCUAUUCAUCUUUAAUAUAUCUCUUUAAAGGAAGCAUGCCAAAUUGCGACGGAAACAUUAGCUUUGUUUCCUUUUUGUUGGUGGUUAGGUAGUGUCGCAGAAAAGAGGGAGGCGAUAUGUUUAUUCGAUGAUGAAGAACUGAACUAAAGUUGUUAUGUGAUAAUUAUUAUUAUUAUUAUUU